GAAGAAACCCCACAACAACUGUCAUGGCUGCCUCCUGCUCCUUAGUGUGCUGUGGAGAAGAGACUGAAUCCGACAAAGCAGCUGUUGUCCGCUUUUCCAGUGGCUGCGCCAAUGCAGAGAGCCUCGAUUUCAGCUUGUACAAGAACAGAGAUGAGAACAACCCGAGGAAGAAGAGCAAGCGGAUACUGGUUGCUGAAUCAAACAGACUGAGCUAUGUUGGUCAGAAUUUUGAAGCGGGAUCUCUGAAAUGCAACAGCCUCUGCAAAUAUUAUGUUGGCGUGCUGAACAAACAGACCAUGCAAAUGGAGGUGCAUAACGCUGUGCUGUUCAACAUGCAGCCUGUUAUCCCAGGGGAGACAUCAACUACCAAACCUCAGGAUACUUCUCAAUCCUACAGAGACAAAGUUGACUUGUUGAUUGAGACAUUUGGCACCAACAAGCAGAAACGAGCCCUGGCUUCCCGGAGGCUAAACCAGGUAGGUAGCAACGCCCUGCAGACCGCAGUGGCCAAUGCUGCCUCCUCUGUUAUUGAAAAGAAGGGUCUAGAAGCCCUCCAACAGGAAGUGAUUCAGACAGAGUCCCAAGAGACCGUGGCGUCCCACAUGCCUCCUUGCAAUCCAAACGCAGGCAAACGAGAAGACGUCUACCCAUUUGAUGAGCUCCUGAGUCCCAUCGAGCUCGCUGCUUUGGAGCAGCCUGGAUCCAAGAUGGCAGCACUCACCAAGGAGGAGCUGCAAAAGAUGAGAGAUGAAGGAGGGUCACUGAGUGUUGUGAAGCAUUUAGAGAGCAUGCCAUCUGAAGGUGAAGCCAGAGAGAGAAUAGCACGCUGCGCCUUUUAUCUCUCUCUGCUCCUCAAACUGGCGAGUCAGAAGAGCAUCCCACGCAAGUUUGGAUAUGAUGAAGGCUGCCCUCGCAUCAUUCAGAACAAGCUUUUCAGAACUUUCACUGUGGAGAGUUUCAACAAUGGGAGGGUGCAGAACAUAGUUUCAACAUCCAUGCGUGCCAAAUUAGCAGCGUACAGCCUGGCUCUGUUGCUGCACAUGGGACACAUGACUGCUGACCUCUCGUUACUGCAUCGUGAUCUGGGAAUCACCGAAGCCAAGAUGACCGAGAUCGCAAAGUCAAUGGGACUGUCUUUGAUUAAACCAGCAAGAGCCGAACGGGACGAAGCCGCACUGAGUGACGACCACAGACAGGCCACCGUUGUCCUACCACUGGUCAAGUACAAUAAGUUUGUCGAGCAACGGAAACGGAAGAAGAUGCAUUAAAGUAUAAGAAAAGAUGGAAGGACUGCAGGAAAUGGAAACAUCACAAAGAAGAGCCGUUUAUUAUGUUUUGUAGACAAAAGAGGAAAUUGAGUUGCACAUCAUCUUUUUUAUGAUUACUGUUGAGGAUGUAAAAACUAACAAGCUGUAAACAACCUCUAGAUGACCUAACAUCCAGCUUUACUCUAUAGGCACAUUUGUAGACUUCACAUAGACUACAUUCACACUGCAGCCUGAAGUGACCUAACUCAGAUUUUUUUGGGUCGCUUUCAAAAAAUUUCAGUCUGUGUUGUUCAGACUGUCAUGAAAAGAUCAGAUAUAGGUCGCAUUAAGGCAAAAAUAAUCGGAAUUAGGUCACCUCAGGUUGCAGUGUGAACGUAGCCAUAUUGCACACUCUCUUUCUGUCUGGUUGCAAGAAAAUGAGUGUUGGGCAUUGAAGCCAGAAACUCAUCUUAAAACAACACACUGUGCAAGAGGCAGAAGCUUAAUUUUGGCUUGUUGUUGCAUAUUCACUUCAUACGAUCAUCUUUCCAAACCCCCCUGCUACAAUUGUAGAUUUUUUUUUUUAAAUAUCAAAAAAGGCACAGAUUUGUACCAGAUGAGCUAUAAUUUCUAAAGCCUUCCCUUGCUGCUGGGAUUUAUUAAAGCACACGUCCUAAACAGAAACUAUUAAAAGCAUAAUGAUAAAAACAA